AUGCUGUUCACUCUUUCUUACAGUCGCACGGCAUCGAAGGAGACAAAGUUUUCUCUUUCUUUUUAUAUAUAUAUAUAUAUAUAUAUAUAUAUAUAUAUAUAUAUAUAUAUAUAUAUAUAUAUCCAUCUAUCUCUAUCUAUUUAUCUAUUUCUCUAUCGCUUUCACUCCCUCCAUCUCUCUCCCGCUAUCUAUCUAUCUAUCUAUCUAUCUAUCUAUCUAUCUAUCUAUCUAUCUAUCUCCCUUUCCUCCUCCUCUCUCUCUUUCUCUAUCUAUCUAUCUCUUUCUCUCUCCCUCUCUUUCUCUAUCUAUUUAUCUAUCUCUCACUAUCUAUCUCUUUCACUCCCUCUAUCUCUCUCCCGCUAUCUAUCUAUCUAUCUAUCUAUCUCUAUAUAUAUAUCUUCCCCUCCUCCUCUCUCUCUCUCUUUCUCUAUCUAUCUCUUUCGCUCUCCCUCUCUUCCUCUCUUUCUUUAUCUAUUUAUCUAUCUCUAUCUAUCUCUUCCACUCCAUCUAUCUAUCUAUCUAUCUAUCUAUCUAUCUAUCUAUCUAUCUAUCUCUCCUCCUCCUCUCUCUCUUUCUCUAUCUAUUUAUCUAUCCCUUUCUCUAUCUCUUUCACUCCCUCUAUCUCUCUGUCUAUCUAUCUAUCUAUCUAUCUAUCUAUCUAUCUAUCUAUCUAUCUAUCUCUUCUUCCUCUCUCUCUUUUUCUAUCUAUUUAUCUCUUUCUCUAAUUCUUUCUAUCUCUCUUUCACUCCCUCUAUCUCUCUCCCGCUCUCUAUCUAUCUAUCUCCCUCUCUCUCUCUCUCUCCCUAUUUAUCUAUCUCUUUCUCCAUAUCUCUCUAUCUGUCUGUUUCACUCCUUUGA